AUGUCUGCAGAUCAUUUGCAUGAUUUAGUUGAUAUGAAAUGUUUUGAUGUUAGUUAUACUACUGAUAUUAUUCGAAAUAUAGUGGAAAAUAUUCUCAAUAAGAAUCAAUUUAAUAUGGAAAGUGUUGAUAAAUGGAAUCGACAGAUCGUUGAUACUUGCCAAAAAUCUUUGUCAGAAAUUUAUAAUUCAUUUAAAAUAAUUAUUACUACAAUGAUUAUUCCUAAAAACGAUGAAAAUGUCUAUAUGGGAAAUGCUUGUUUAUGGGAUUACAAAGUUGAUGGAAGUACAAUUAUUAAGUAG